UCUCACUCCAUGCGAUACCUUUGUCACCUCUCACUCUCUCUUCAAACGCAACUUCCCCUUUUCCCCCCCUCUCUCUCUCUCUCUGCAAGCUUUUGAGGUCAUCGCCAUUGCUGCUGCAGCUUGCUUAACCCACGAAACCCUAAACGGGGAGCCUCAUUUCCGGUUCUCGUCAACCUCCAUUGCCGGAGCUACCAACCUUCCGUGUACAGUGUUCGUAUCGCUUGAAACUCACCUCUGUUUCAUCUCCCAACUCCCCCACAGUGACACCAUAAGCUCCAAGAACGACCUUUGUCAGCUCAGAGCUCCAUUUCAGUUCAGGACUCUCCGCCAUUGCUGCACCAGUGAGCAGAAGAACCCAAAACCCACCAAAACCCGCCAAUGCCAAACCCUAAAAACCCCACCUUUGUGCCCUUCUUCCUCCUCUUGGUUCUCGCCAAUGCCGCCCUGGUGAUGCCCAAGUCGACGAUUGAGCCGUGCUCCAACUCGGACUCCUGCAACGCGCUGCUGGGCUACACUCUCUACACCGACCUCAAGGUCUCCGAGGUCGCCUCCCUCUUCCAGAUUGACCCAAUCUCCCUCUUGCUCACAAAUGCCAUCGACAUCUCCUACCCCGACGUCGAGAACCACAUCCUCCCCGCCCAGCUCUUCCUCAAGAUCCCCAUCUCGUGCUCCUGCGUCGACGGGAUCAGGAAGUCGGUCUCGACCCGCUACAAGACCCGCCCCUCCGACACCUUGCCCUACAUUGCCGACUCAAUUUACUCGGGCCUGGUUUCCUCCGACCAGAUUCGAGAGGCCAACUCGAUAUCGGACCCGUCCGUGCUCGAGGUGGGCCAGAGCUUGACUGUCCCCUUGCCCUGCACUUGCUUCAAUGGGACCGAUAACGGGCUGCCCGCGGUGUAUUUGUCGUAUGUGGUGAGGGAUGUUGAUACUCUUGCUGGGAUCGCGGGACGGUACUUUACCACGAUCACGGACUUGAUGAAUGUUAAUGCCAUGGGUAGCACACAAAUUGCAGUCGGGGAUAUCCUAGCUGUUCCGUUGCCUGCCUGUGCUUCUACAUUUCCUAGAUAUGCCUCAGAUUUCGGCCUGAUAGUGCCCAACGGGAGCUAUGCCAUAACGGCGAGUCACUGUGUGCAGUGCAGUUGCGGACCCGGAAAUCUCAACUUGUACUGCAUGCCGUCCUCUCUGGCAGUCUCUUGCUCGAGCAUGCAGUGCCGAAACAGUAAGCUCAUGCUUGGGAAUGUCACAAUGCAGCAAAGCAGUGGGGGUUGCAAUGUGAUCUCGUGCAGAUAUGGUGGAUUCGUGAAUGGCAGUAUUAUCACAGCGUUGUCAACUUCUCUCCAGCCCCGCUGCUCAGGGGUUCAGCAAUUUCCUCCUCUCGUAGCCCCGCCUACUGCCGUGAAGAGAGAUUCCAUGUUUGCUCCUGCCCCUUCCCCUCAAUUAUACGGCGGUGGGUCGUUGUCUCCCAGGUCUUCGGUAAUCCCAAGCAGCGGAUCUUCGACCGGGUCAACCACUGCAAGUGGUCCUGCAGGAAGCCCUUCCUCUGAUGCCCACCAUAUGAUGAGCCCCCCUACAGCUUUCUCAGUCGCACUCAUGCUGCUUACAUUUGGGAAAUUGAUAUCAACCUCGCUGUAGUUGGAAUGAACGACUAUGUGCCUCUUCGUGGGCCUUAAUGGCUUCCAUGAGGUACAUCGGCUUGUUUGUUGUAAUUUAAUUUUUCAAUUUUGUAAUUUAUCUGCACCGGUAAAACCAAUUCUGAGAUGUAGCAACCUGAUGGAUUCAUGAUUUUUGAGGUAAUGGUAUGGAUCUUCUUGCUAGAUUGC